AUGGUGUGUUUGAUGUGGCUUUUACUGAAUAUCGGAAUGCAAGCCGCCAUAGCCGUUAUCAGCCUGACAUUCCAGGCCGAGCCUCAUGUUGAUGAUGUAUAUCUAUUAGACCACGGUCAAGUCUUCCUACCUAAUAUGAGCAACUUCGCGCGCGGCACUGGGCGCUUCUCAGGCCGUCAAUCCGACCUCGAUUCAACGCUACAAAACCUGGGAGCAAGCAUACUUGGGGAUGUCGGGGGCAGCUACAAUUACUCCACCCUCCCCUCCGUGCCACUGGCGGGACAACCUCUGGCCAAGUUCCCCGCCACGUUUUGGAAAGCCGACGACCACUGGGAGUAUCACUAUCUCAGCUCGGCGCUGGAUUUCGUAUCCGCCGGGACGAAUUACCUGGCCGUCUACUCAGACAGAAAAGUGUCAUCAUCGGCCGUGUGCACGACGCCAGAGUACAACUCGACCAUCGACCGCGCCCGGGGGCUGAUCCUCGUGAACCAGACAAGCGGCCGGGACUUCACCUUCGGCUCGGUCGCCCUGGGCCUCGAGUCCACCACCUACGCCUCGGUCCCGAUCCUCAGGCAGCUGCGGACCGACCUCUGCGGGUCGAGGGUGGGGUGCAACAGCACGGGCGAGUGCGGGCCGGGGUGCAGCACCGUCCACGUCCUGGAGCCCAAGAGCGGCGAGGCCGCCCCGGGGAGCUUCGACAGCCCGACGAGCAGCUUCUUCUACUACGAGUGCAACGUCACCGUGUCGUCGGACCCGCCGCCGGCCUCGGACCUGGACAGCCUCACCCUCGCGCCCAUGAUGGCCGCGGCCGCGGCGCAGGCCAUCGCGCUCAACGGGGACGCCACGCUGGGCGGGCCGGACGCCCCGCUCAGCCGCAGCUACAACUGGGAGCUGCCCUUUGGCACGCCCUUCAACAACAGCGCGCCGGGCAUGGCGGACCAGGUCGCGCGGUAUGCCGUCGGCGUCGUGGCCGCCGCCGCGUCGACGAACCCGCGCAUGGCCGUCGAGGGCCGGCCGCCGGCCCAGGGGGUGCGCCUGGAGCUGCAGUCGCCGGUCGCGUUCGCGGUGAUCAUGGGGGCCGUGGCCGGCUUGCAGCUGCUGCUGACGGUUGUUGCUGCGGUGCUGGUUGGUGGGGUCCAUGUCCCGCGUGAUGGGGAGUGGAUGACCAAGGAGGCAUUGAAGCGGUUGUAUUCAUGA